AUGGCGGAGGAGAUUCGAGAAACCUUCAUCGAGAAAUCCGAGACGAUGAAGGGCCUCGAUCCCUGGACCAAAAACAACGUCAGGUUGAACGCCCAGAACGUCGGGGUGUUCUCCUUCUUCGCGCCGCAGUUUUCAACCAAAGGGGCCGUGGAGGAGUUCGCGAAUCAGGUGAAUUCUGCUGUCCCGUGGAAAAACAAGUCCCUCGACUAUUUCCUCGGUAUUAGCAAAUUCGUCGCAGCGGGAUGGAUGGAGCCCAUGCGGACGCUACUUCCGGGAGAGAGAAACACCAGGCGCAGGUACUCAGUGUUUGACACAUCCUGCCAUUUCAGUGCCCAGAAAAACGCAGUGUUGAUACCGGAGGGACUCUUCAACAGAUCGAUUCCCACCUCAACUAAGGAAAGGAUGUUCCACGUCCCCAGGGUGGGACCUCGCCUGGCCGCCUGUCUCUUCCAAGCGGUUUUUGAAGAAAAUUUUUACCACCCCUACGAGAGGCUAUGGACUAUUGCUUCCAACGAGGCAUUCAAGCAAAUCCCAAGUUGUUUAUCGAAACAGUAUGGAAUAAAGCGUAAAUCUUGGAUGCUCGGCGAAAUUGAAGCAAAUGCUGGCCUCGCAGUGGCAUAUCAGGUGUUUCAAGAUCGGCUGUUCACGAAGAGGUACCUACAGAAAGACUACCGCCUUCAGGGCUGCGAUCGGUUGUCGUCGAAUCAGCUUUUCUUCGUUUAUUUCGCUAUGAGUUACUGCGAACACUCAACUCACAAGAAAUCCGAUUCGAUGAGAAACUUCUUUGAGAACAGGGUGAACGUGCCGGUGAUGAAUUCCAAGGAGUUUGCAGACGCCUUCUCCUGCCAACCCGGAUCACCGAUGAAUCCGACGACCAAGUGCACCGUGCUGAUGUGAAAUGCGUCGGCGCUCGCACGAGCGGCACACGAAAACAAAAUAAAUCAAGGCGACGCCAUAGAGUUAGUAUAAUGUACUCUAGAGUUUCAACUGGUGCUUGCGUCUAUGGGGUUUCCGGUUUAAAUUGAAGCAGACAGCGACCAGUCUACUUUUGUGGGGCUCCUGUGCAUUCCUAUGGAAAAAACGUGCGUGGUUUUUGUCUGUCCGCCGGAAAAUAACAGUAAUUACAUUUAUUACACGGGUUGUAGCGAACAGUCGUUAACUUUAUUAACAUUAUAAAAAUUACUUUUGUUUACAGUACUUUUACGAUC